AAGAAAAGGGAACCGCAACCAGCUGUUCUGUAUUAACAAAAUCGAAAAGUAGUUGCUCUCCAGAGUCCUGACUGCUUUUUUGUUAACAUUUUUACUUGGGGACAUUACACUACAAAAAUCAUUAAUAAUGUAGGAACAGCAAAGACAAGAAAGUCAACAAGGGGGGAAGGCCAAAUUCUCUCUUGGCAGCCAUUCUUGCCGGCGCAACCACCGAAUCCCACCACCCUUUUCUUUCCUUAACAUAACCAAAAUCCCUUUGUUUCACUUCCCCUUUUAUCUUCCUUCUUUCUCUUGUCUGCGGAUAUAUAUUAAUUCUUGUUUAUAUAGUCAGCAUAAAAGUUCAACCUUUUUUCUCUACUCUGCAGAUACAUUUCUUGUUUGUAUACACACAGUGGUUCUUUCAGGAUCAAAAGGUUCAAUUUUUGUGAGGAUGGUUCGUUGUGUAUCUUCUUCCCUCUUGGUUUCUUGAUUCUCGGAGUUUUUGGAUCGGUUUUGAUUUUCCCUCGAAUUUGAAGGGUAGAUGUUGGUUUGGAGAGGGGGGUGAGGUUUUCUAAGUUCAAUGGACAGUCUCUGCUGCUUCAAUUCUGUUUCCUCACAGCUUUCAGGAGGACGUCCGUCUCUUGGCUCGGGCAAGGGAAGCAGCAGUAGGGGACAUGUGAAAUACGGGUUCAGUUUAGUAAAGGGUAAGGCGAAUCACCCUAUGGAGGAUUACCAUGUUGCUAAAUUUGUGCAGUUUCAAGGUCAUGAGCUCGGACUAUUCGCUAUAUUUGAUGGGCAUCUAGGAGAUACUGUCCCAGCUUACUUACAAAAGCAUUUGUUUCGAAACAUCUUAAACGAGGAGCAAUUUUGGAAUGACCCUAGCUGGUCCAUUGCAAAAGCUUACGAGAGAACCGAUCAGGCUAUUCUCACUCACAGUCCUGACCUGGGAAGAGGCGGAUCUACUGCCGUCACUGCGAUCCUCAUAAAUGGUCGACAAUUAUGGGUAGCGAAUGUCGGAGAUUCACGGGGAGUACUUUCCAGGAGGGGGCAGGCAAUACAAAUGACUAUUGAUCAUGAACCCAACACGGAGCGUGGUAGCAUUGAAAACAGAGGUGGAUUUGUCUCAAACAUGCCAGGGGACGUUGCGAGAGUGAACGGGCAAUUGGCUGUUUCUCGUGCCUUUGGAGACAAGAACUUGAAGACGCACUUACGGUCCGACCCCGACGUUACAAACGCUGAGAUUGACUCCGAGACCGACCUCCUGAUUCUUGCUAGUGAUGGUCUAUGGAAGGUAAUGUCUAAUCAAGAGGCUGUAGAUAUCGUGAAGAGGAUCAAAGACCCCCAGAAGGCAGCAAAACAGCUAGUGCUGGAAGCAUUGAACAGGGAUAGCAAGGACGACAUCUCAUGCAUCGUCAUCCGCUUCUAGCCGUAAAGACAGCAAUGUUCCCGUGUUGAAACUUUUGCGUACACUAUAUUCUCGCAAUCCGACUGAAAUGCGGCCGGUCAAGAAUCAACAUGAGAACUCUGCAAGCGUCUUGCCGCACCCAGGCUGUAGUUGGAAGCAUUAAAGCUGCCGUUGCAUCGUUUACUAUUUCUUGAUUUCUCGUUCCUGUAGAUUUUCACCAUUUUUUUUUCUCUGUAAUUUGCAUGAACACGACGAAUCAGGAUGGGGUGUUUUUUCUACAGUAAUUUUCUGUCCGAAUCCACACAGGGAUGAAAUUCCAGAGGUAUAUACACACACACAUAUAAACAAGCUGCAGCCGUUGUUGGGCCGUGCUCUGAAGACUGAAGAGAGGUUUAUGGUUCGUAAUUAUUAAUGUUUGUCAGUUGGUAAAACUGUUGAUUUAAAUUGACUACCAACAACUUGUUGAUUAUAUUUGAAUUUUUUUUUUAUUGAAGUUUA